AUGGCCGACGCACUGAAAGACCAAGGAAACAAGGCCUUCCAGGCAAAAGACUACGACAAAGCUAUCGACCUCUUUUCUCGGGCAAUCGCCAUUGACCCGAGCAACUACGUGCUCUUCUCAAAUCGUAGUGCUGCGAAGGCCGGAAAGCGGCAGUGGGCAGCAGCGUUCGAGGAUGCUGAGCAGUGUAUUAAGAUCAACCCAACCUGGUCAAAGGGCUAUGCGCGCAAGGGCGCUGCGCUGCAUGGCCAGCGAAGUUAUGAUCAAGCCAUUGCCGCCUAUGAAGCCGGUCUUAAACUUGAAGACAGCCCUGCGUUAAGGAAGGGUCUAAAGGAAGUACAGGAUGCCAAAGCUGCAGACGAGCGAGGUGGAGAUGGUGCAGACGCUCUCGGGCUCGGGAAGCUUUUCGGGGAUCCCAAUCUCAUUGGCAAGCUAGCCGCGAGUCCGCGCACACAAAAGCAUCUCGCCGAUCCAUCGUUCGUCCAGCAGCUGCAAUUCAUUCAAAAGAAUCCCGGCCUUGCACAGAGCGCGCUGCAGGACCCGCGCAUGAUUGACGUCCUUGGUGUGCUCAUGGGCAUUGAUAUGCAGGGCUUCACUAGAGAGGAAGGCUCGGAUGAGCUUCCUCCAGGCUUGAAAAAGGCUGAUGCUGAGCCAUCUCAAGCUGCAUCGCCACCACCCACUGCUUCGUCAAAUCCAGCCCCGAAAUCGCCACCUCCGGCAGCGGCGAAGGAACAAAAUGUAGAAAUGGAGGAGGAAGAUGACGAGGCCGCUAAGGCGAGGAAGGAUGCUGAGACAGAGAAGAAGCUUGGCGCGGACGCCUACAGGGCUCGUAAUCUCGAGGAGGCAGCGACUCAUUUCCAGAGGGCAUGGGACAUAUAUCCGCAGGAUAUCACUUUCCUUACAAAUCUUGCCGCCGUAUAUUUCGAGCAAGGUGAAUUUGAUAAAUGUAUCGAGGCGUGCGAGAAGGCAGUCGACGAAGGGCGAUCGCUUCGCGCAGACUACAAGCUCGUUGCGAAAGCCCUUGGACGUAUAGGAAAUGCGUACAGCCGCAAAGGCGACCUGGAGACCGCGAUUAAGUUUUUUAAUAAAUCACUGACGGAGCAUCGCACUCCCGACAUUCUCACGAAGUUACGUGAGAGUGAGCGCGCUCUGGCCGAAGCACAGCGUAAAGCGUACAUUGAUCCAGAGAAGGCCUCAGAGGCGCGCGAGGAGGGUAACGCGUUGUUCAAGUCGGGCGACUUUGUUGGUGCAGUGAAGGCAUACACCGAGGCGAUCAAGCGCGACCCUAACGACCCGCGCGGAUACAACAACCGCGCGAACGCCUAUACGAAGCUUGUCGCGCUGCCCGAGGCGCUCAAGGACGCGGAGGAGGCGAUUCGUAUCGACCCUAAGUUUGUGAAGGCGUACAUCCGCAAAAGUCAUGUGCUGUACGCGAUGCGCGACUACACGAAAGCGAUCGAAGCUGUGCAGCAGGCGACGGAUGUCGACACUGAGAAGAAGCAUGGAAAGGAGAUCCAGGACCAGGUACUCAAGUGCCAGCAGGAACUGUUCAGCCAGCGUACAGAUGAGAGCGAUGAAGAAACUCUUCAGCGUGCUAUGCGUGAUCCGGAAAUUGCGAGUAUCAUGAGCGAUCCUAUUAUGCAGUCGAUCCUCCAGCAGUCACAGUCGAAUCCCGCGGCACUUCAAGACCAUAUGAAAAACCCUACGGUUCGCACCAAUAUCAUGAAGCUCAUUAAUGCAGGGAUUAUCAAGACACGCUGA